ACGCCCCAAAAGUGAUGAACCCAUAAAAAUAGUGAACCAAUGAUGUCUUACAACAUAUCAAUCCCCAAAACAGAUCAACCCACGCCCCCAUUUCCUGUCCUCGAUUAUCCCCAAAUCUGCAGCUUUCGAUUCAUUUGAUCUGGGGAGAUCGGAAUUUCAGAUUACUAACAAAUCUCAGGCCAGCGUCUAUUCCUCCAAUUUUAUUUUUAUCAACAACUCUUAUCUUUGAUUUGCUUCCACUCGAACUGCGAUUUCUGCUAUUGCCUGUGUCAGAUCUCAACUGCCUGAAGCUAGAAGAAGAAGCACCUGCAUACAAAGAUCAAUAGUACACAACAAUGGCAGACUAUCACUUUGUGUACAAAGAUGUUGAAGGAUCAUCAACUCAAUGGGACGAUAUCCAAAGAAAACUCGGAAAUUUGCCUCCCAAACCCCCUGCAUUCAAGCCCGACCCAUUUACUCCUGCUGAAGACGAAGAUUCCAAACCUAAAGAUAAGAAUUGGAUCGAUAACAAGACCGAAGAACAACUUGAAGAUCUCGAAGAUGAUCUAGAUGAUGACCGAUUCCUCCAAGAAUACAGGAGAAAGAGAUUAGCAGAGAUGAAGAAAGUAGUGAAAAUUGCAAAGUUCGGGUCAAUCGUACCAAUUUCUGGAUCAGAUUUUGUGCGUGAGGUGUCACAAGCACCACCGGAUGUGUGGGUGGUGGUUAUAUUAUACAAAGACGGGUACCCUGAAUGUGGUGUCCUAAUGCAAUGUCUGGAAGAACUGGCAACAAUGUAUCCCGCCACAAAAUUCGUUAAAAUUAUAUCAACCGAUUGCAUUCCGAAUUACCCGGAUCGUAAUCUCCCCACUGUGUUAGUUUAUAAUAAUGGUGCUGUGAAGGCGAAUUAUGUAGGUUUAUACACUUUUGGUCGGAGAUGCACGCCUGAAGGUGUUGCUAUGGUUCUGUGCCAGUCGGAUCCUGUGCUUAACGAUGGGCAAAAUGAAGGUGAAGCGUCUAGAGAAGCUGUUCUUGAAGGCGUGAGGAAGAGGUUUAUCGAGAAAGUGAUAUCACAGCAUGAAAAUGAUGACGAUGGGUCUUCGAGUGACUAGAAUCAUGGUCGUUUUUUUUAUAUUUUUGUUUAUGUUGAAUCUUAGGUUGUUGGCACAAUAUUUAAGAUUUGUGUUACCUUUUUUUAUUUGUUUUACUUCUUAUUAUGGACUGGUUUCUGUUUUGUUGUUCUGCCACUGUGUGCUUCGUUUUUGGUUAUUAAAAUGAAGCAUCCGCAAGUAUUUGUUUUGUUGA